AUGGAUAUAAAACUCUUCAUUGUGGAUUUUUUUCUUAUUGUGUGCCUUGGAUUAAGUGUAGCUCAAAAUAAUGCUCGCGAUUAUUAUAUGAUGAAUGCUCGACUUCGGCAACAACCAAAUGGUGCUCGCUUAGUGAGUGUGGAUCAACCGCUCCCCCCACCGGCUCCCAAGAAGACACCGUCGUAUAAUCCUCAUGUAGUUCGAGUAGAUCCACAGCCGGCUGCAUACCCAGCUCCCAGUGGACAGCCGCUACCAACCGUCGUUUACGCUCAAAACCAACCUAGUGGACCACCUCAACGGAGUGUAGUUUAUGCACAAAGUGGAGCAUCAAGACCGGCAGCAUAUGUCCAACGUGGGCCUACCAAUGUCGUGUAUGCUCAAAGAGGACCACCGACAUCAAAUAUUGUGUAUGCUCAAAGUGGACCUCCUGCUCAGAGUGUUGUGUAUGCCCAAAAUCCUCAAAAUGCCCAACCCAGAUCAAAAGUUUAUUAUUCGCCAAGUACUCAAAAUGAACCACCUAGAACAAGUGAUCCUUAUAGGUCUGUAGUGUAUGCACAGCCUCAGAGUCCAGCACGUCAUGGGCCUGUACAUACUCACGUCAUUGCUGCCCCCACGGGUCAUCAUGCACCGGAAAGUCAUAUAGCUCACCCACAGGCACCUCGUGUCAUUUAUGCACAAAGAGCUCAGGCUGGUCAACCACAAAACACCCGUGUUGUUUAUGUAAGCCCUACAGCACAAUCUCCUAACACACCUCCGGGUCAAACCCCAAAGGUCGUACAUUCACCUAGCCCAAGAGUUAUCUACGCACAAAACCCCCCAAUAGUAUAUGAUCCAAAUCCACGCCCAUUGUCUAGUCCACAGGUUGUCUACGCCCAAAGUCCCCGUGUAGUCUAUGCCCAGAGCCCACCCGUUGUUUACGCCCAACCUCCACAAGUGGUUUACGUACGCAGCCCACAGGCUGUAUACGCUCAAAGUCCAGGUCAUAAAAAGGUGGUAAUGUUGACCCCCGGGACUCAUAAAAGGUCGCCUACAAACAUCACGCAUCAAAGUCCUCAACCUCAAAACCAACACUCACAACACAAUCCUGUUUUGAAUAACCCUGUGCCUCAAGGGGUUGGUACAACACCUAAUCCAUUAGUUGGUCUUGGUCCUUACGGAUUCGAAGUUCCUAAACCUAGACUAGUUAGUGGUCAAAACACCGUUUGGAUAACUACUACACCGAGUAACAACUAUGUUUCCCCUACAACUAUAGCCAAUUUUGACGCAUAUGCAAGAAUUAUGAAUUCAUCGUUACCAAAAGCUGAAGGAUUACCAGCUUACUGCCGGGUGGAUCCUAGGUCUAGAGGACUUUUUUGUGUAAUUCCAAAUGGAGACACGAUGCAGUACGACGUACUACGGCAAUGGUCAGUGAAUACCGGAUUGAAUAAAAGUGUGUACAUCACGUGUAUGCCCGGAGGAUCGUUCGCUUUGUCCUGGCCAAUGCGAGCAAUGAAUAUAGUGAAUUUGCAUGUGCGUAACUGCGCCAUGAUCGAUUUUUUCAAGUAUAUGGGAACGUCUUCUGUAAUACCUGACAAACUUCAAUCAUUAGAGAUCUAUAAUUCGAUGGUCAAUAUAAAAUUAGCCGAGUUAGCAGUCCUUAUCAAACGGUCUAACCAAUUACGUUCUGCAUUUUCAACUACGGAUGAUUGCGGCCAAAAGACCUUAAAGAAAUAUGUGUUCAAAGACAUGAAAUUCGAAGUGUUUUCGCAAAAUUUAACAUUUAGUCAAUAUUCUAAAGUAAGAAGAUUUCUGGACAAAUUUUUACAAAUGGCAAAGCUGCAGACGUGCACUUAUCCAAAUCUUAUUCAUUUAGACGAAAGCGGAAGUCCAUUAUCCUCUCUUUAUUACCACCAACUAGUUACAACCAAUGCAGUGUUUCCAAAACUUAAAACUUAUCUUUCUUCAGGGAUUGGUUUGACGGAAAUACCUAAGGAACUGUCCAGUUUUCCUAAACACUUUCCAUGUAUGGUAUAUCUCGACCUUUCAAAUAACCUGAUAACUGCUGCAAAAUUUAAUUUAGAGUUCCGCGGUGAAUGCUUGACUCCGUCAACAGAUCCCGUGUAUAUAAAUUUAAGAAAUAAUCGAAUUGCUAUGUUACCAACAAUGCAAAUAGAGUUUCUUUUGGACAGUCGAAUUAUAGUGGAUCUUCAAGGGAACCCAAUCAAUUGUGCUGUACAGAGUAAUACUCUUCGACAAUACGCGAUGGACAUGGCAACGGCUUUUCCAAAGUAUGCUGCCAUACUUAAUGCGACACCGUGUUUCUCACCUAAAGAAAUAGCAAAAGCAAUGCCCCCAUUGCCACCCGUACCCGGGAUGCCAUUACCAGCAGAUGCGACAUCAGUUGUACCAGGAUUACCUGAAUCUAUUGUGCCACCUAUGCCACCAGGUCUUCCUCCGGGAAUUUCUCCCUUAUCACCGGGUAUACCUGCAACUGACCCUGGGCUGCCUCCUCUGCCACCAGGUAUGGCGGGUUUAUCGGGUUUACCAAUGGACAUGUCGUUUAUACCAGGAAUGCCCAUGCCUCCAGUACCUGGUAUGCCAGUUUAUGACUUGAUACCCCAUCCAUUCGGACAUCCCCAUCCAGUGCCACCACCUUCGUUGGCAGUUUAA